AUGAGUGCAAUGGUUCUGCGCCUCAAACAGGCGGGCAUCAACACGCAAGUCUUGCAGGUGCAUUCCCCUCUCCUGCUUGCAUUCCACCCCAUCCACCCCUGGUUCCCCCUCUCCUGCUUGCUUUCCACCCCAUCCGCCCCUGGUUCCCCCUCCCUUGCUUGCUUUCCACCCCAUCCGCCCCUGGUUCCCCCUCUCCUGCCUGCUUUCCACCCCAUCCACCCCUGGUUCCCCCUCUCCUGCUUGCGUUCCACCCCAUCCGCCCCUGGUUCCCCCUCUCCUGCUUGCUUUCCUCCCCAUCCGCCCCUGGUUCCCUCUCUCCUGCUUGCUUUCCACCCCAUCCGCCCCUGGUUCCCUCUCUCCUGCUUGCUUUCCACCCCAUCCGCCCCUGGUUCCCUCUCUCCUGCUUGCUUUCCACCCCAUCCGCCCCUGGUUCCCCCUCUCCUGCUUGAUUUCCACCCCAUCCGCCCCUGGUUCCCCCUCUCCUGCUUGCUUUCCACCCCAUCCACCCCUGGUCCCCCCUCUCCUGCUUGCUUUCCACCCCAUCCGCCCCUGGUUCCCCCUCUCCUGCUUGCUUUCCACCCCAUCCGCCCCUGCUUCCCCCUCUCCUGCUUGCUUUCCACCCCAUCCGCCCCUGCUUCCCCCUCUCCUGCUUGCUUUCCACCCCAUCCACCCCUGGUUCCCCCUCUCCUGCUUGCUUUCCACCCCAUCCGCCCCUGGUUCCCCCUCUCCUGCUUGCUUUCCACCCCAUCCGCCCCUGGUUCCCCCUCUCCUGCUUGCUUUCCACCCCAUCCGCCCCUGGUUCCCCCUCUCCUGCUUGCUUUCCACCCCAUCCGCCCCUGGUUCCCUCUCUCCUGCUUGCUUUCCACCCCAUCCGCCCCUGCUUCCCCCUCUCCUGCUUGCUUUCCACCCCAUCCGCCCCUGGUUCCCCCUCUCCUGCUUGCUUUCCACCCCAUCCGCCCCUGGUUCCCUCUCUCCUGCUUGCUUUCCACCCCAUCCACCCCUGGCUCCCUCUCUCCUGCUUGCUUUCCACCCCAUCCGCCCCUGGUUCCCCCUCUCCUGGUUGCUUUCCACCCCAUCCGCCCCUGGUUCCCCCUCUCCUGCUUGCUUUCCACCCCAUCCACCCCUGGUUCCCCCUCUCCUGCUUGCUUUCCACCCCAUCCGCCCCUGGUUCCCCCUCUCCAGACUGCUGUCCAUGCAAACCCUGGCCAUACCCCAUUUCCCUCGGGUGGCCCCAUGCCCGCUCCCUAUGUGGUCACUGCGCCCUCCGCCUCUCCUCAAACAACGCGUUACAGGGCUGGGCAGUGGCAGCAACAGUGGCAGCGCCGUCGCUGUAGCCUCCUCCCCCGCCCCGCGUCCCGCAACAACUUCUCCGAGCAAGGGGAGGGCGAGAGGGCACGGGAGGUGGCGACCACGGCGAAGAGAAGUGGGGGCGAGAGGGCACGGCGGUGGCUGAUGGACGAGCUGGGGGCGCUGGGCGUGGACAGCGGGGAAGAGAAGUGGGUGAGGUGGAGAGUGGGGGUGGGUGAGGUCCGUUCUGUGAGAAUGAUGGGGAGGGGGAAGGGGAGAGCGCAAUGGAGAAGGGUGCGUGGGGCCGGUGUGCACGAGUGA